UUUUUUCUUAGUCUACAGUCUCGCAGCUGCAGUGGUCUCGGGCUAGGCCGGCAGGAGGAGAUAGACUGGCGUGACGUCAUCACCGAGGCAGAGCAGAUCGUCGGCUAUCCGACCUCCUUCCUCAACCUCCGUUGGCUGUUCAACGACGAGAUCGCUAGCAGCGCCAUACAUCUGCGGAAACUGGUCGGUAGCAACCACCCAGUUCUGAAAUCAGCGAAGAACCUCCUUGUAGGAUCAAAAAGCAACCUCCAGUCAGUCGGUUUAAUCAUCCUUCUGGUAUCCAAAGCUGCUGGUUUCGACACCACGAACUUCACCAGGGACCAGUAUGAUUCCGGAGUGCUGCACUCCCAGAGGGCUUUAGCAGAAAUUGUGGAGAUGAAGAGGACCGGCCAUAUGAUACAUAAGGCCAUGGUAAACCUUCAGAAGAAGGGGGACCAAGGAGACAAGUAUAAGGACCUGCUUUAUGGGAACAAGAUUGUGCUGUUAACAGGAGAUUUCCUCCUAGCGACGUGCUUGCAACAUCUGGGUGGUCUCCGCAACAACGAGGUGACGGAGCUCAUCUCCACUGGCCUUCGGGAUCUGGUGGAAGGUGACGCGUUUGGAAACCACGACAAAGAUGGCAAUCCUAUACCUACGUUGCCGAAAGCUGAAAGUGAAGAAGCUCAUUAUGACUGGGAAAAUGAGGAUAAUCUGCAGCCUCUGGGUUCCAACGAGUUCCUCGGCCGUGGUAUAGCCGAGUGGAAGUUGCGGACCAUGCUCAUGUCGGGCAGUAUCCUCGCCAAGGGGUGCCAGGGCGCCAUGAAGCUUGCCAGCCGAGGUCCCGAGAUGGAGAAGAACGCCUACAUACUUGGAGGGCACCUGGCGUUGCUAUGGCAACUGUAUCUGGACGUGAAAGACUUCUUCACGCAUCCAUAUUCCUACUCCCUGGUUGGAGCACCGACCACAAUAGCCCUAUGGGAGUACCCAACGAUUUAUCGCCAUGUUUUCGAAUCGAAGGUGGAGAAAACUCCAAUUGAAUUCAAACAGAUGCACUAUUCUGUCAGGACCACGAGGGCCAUGGAUUACCUGAUGAAGCUCCUGGAUAAUGAGUACGAGUCUGUGCUGAAGUACGCGAAGAAGUUCCCCGGUGAGGAUGCCAGCGCUGCGCUGCAGAAGAUGGCCACCACGAUCCAUGGGGAGACUCUUCAGUAUAUUGAGUGAUAAAUAAAAGGUAUUUAUUGUA